AUGUAUCGACGGACAAGCUGCCCUCGCCAACGUUUGAUCGAGUCCAUCAGCCGACACGCUUCGCCGCCCUCGCAGCUCCGGAGACCGUGUCCCACGUCCGACCGGGGGACCAAGGCUGAGCAGCUCUGCCUCGCAUCCUCCAAGCCGCGGCAAGAGGACGAUUUACCCUCGCCGGGAAGACCGCUCAAUGACCUUGGCUCCAUGUUGGUGGAAUACUAUUUUAAGGAAGUGGCGGGCCUCUUUUCCUGCUACGACAGUCCUCUGAACCCCUUCCGCACUUCUAUUUCCAGGCUCUGGAGAUCCUCUGUCGCGGUCACGUAUACGGUUCAAAGCAUGGCUGCCGCUUUCCUGACGGACGUCUGCCCGACUCUACGCUCUACUGGGUUUCGGAUGCGCGAAAAGGCCGCCGCUUGCGUGGAGGCCGACAUGAGACUUUCCAAAGUUGACACGGGCACUUUCUUGGUCUUGAUCAUGCUCGGUCUGUCUGCCAGCUGGCAUCAACCCAACGACCUUGGUCGCAAAGAGUUCGAAAAGGCGAGCAUAGCAAAUGGCCGCAACCUACAGUUCUUCCACGAAGCCAUGAUCUAUUGGGAGAUGCUGAUGUCCUACGUCAGUGACAUUGCCAUGCCGCCAUCGCAGUCGUUGUCCCUGCAGACGAUGCGAAGCGAGCAGGAUUACAGCGACAUUGGGCAACCGAGUUUUCCACAUCCCUGGACUGGCGUGGCGAGAGAAGCCCAAUCCAUUGUGUUCGAAAUUGGACGUCUGGUGAGACGUGAGCGACUACGGAUGAGGAACCCGCCGUUUUUCACAUCGGUGGCGGACCUGGAUACUGGCCAGAAGGCAUUCAAUACGGCAGUCAUCCUGGCGUACCGACUCUUGAAUCUGAAAUUGCCCACCGAAGCCACGAUCGUGAACCCAGGAGACGCACAGACCCCAGUGAGACAUCUGCUCACGAUUGCCGAGGCUUAUCGCCUCGCGGGCCUGCUUCAACUGUAUCGCGUGUUCCCGGAUAUCUCGCAAGGGCGCGAGACGCGCUUGGGACGCAGCCCUUGCAUUUCGGAUCAGUCUCGGAACCUUAGCAGGAUGGCUCUCGAGAUAACCGGGCUGCUUCGGACGAUACCAAUAGAGUCUCGGACUCGAUGCGUCCAGCCCUUCCUGCUCGUUGCCGCCGCCAGCGAGCUCAGGCCGGAAGCAUCAGAAGAAGUCUCUCCACCUAGUGAACACCACAACAGCGCGCCAGAUGAUGCCUCCGCUCUUGCGACUGCAAUCGAGGUUCUGGAGGCCAGGAAGUUUGUGAUUGGCCGGCUAUCCACCUUUGCACAUGUCCUGCCUGCGAAGCCAAUCCGACAAAUGAUGGAAAUUGUCAAACACACGUGGGACCGGAUGGAUAUGGGCCAGGCCAAUGUGUACUGGAUGGAUGUGAUGAUGAUCGAGAAAGGGUGGGAAACCACGAUGGGAUAA